AUGGCUCGCUCCAUUCACUCCGUCGGCCUCGCGCUCUUCCUCGCUGCAGUUCUGGCGCUCUCCUGCGUCUCGUGCGCGCAAGGCGUCAGAGUUAUUGCAGAUGAUGCGAACAAACUCCUGGCUGGAAUGCGCAAGGCAGAUGACGGCACGCCAUGCAGUCUGGUGUUCAAGCGGAAAGUGCAGGACUGCUACUCGCUCUCCCUCGUGAGAACGCAGAAGAGCAUGGACAAGUGCAAGGACGACCUGCAGGCGCAGAUUGCGCAGUGCGGAGGCAAGCCAGUACGGACCGAGUAUCCUCUGGGAGGAGGAGCAGGCAAGCCUAGUAAGUCAGCAAGGUCAAGCGCCAAAAAAUGA